UAUUUUUUUUUGUUGUUGUUACUUUCCUUGGAUCGUAUUACUCUGUGGUGGUGAAGAGUUCGGUGUCAACUUUUUUUGUUUGUUUGUAAUCUUCUGGUUUGAAUGGCACUCAGUCACAGUUCACUAAGUCAGAAUAUCACUUAAUGAUGUUUCUACCGUAGCUGAUGAAUAUCAUCAGUAUCAUCUUUGUGUGAGGGAUAUCUGUAUCUGUUCAUGGCAUCUAUCAUCCACUGGAUCAUUGUAUUAGCUUCAAGUUGUUUUCUUCUUGUGUUUAGCAAUUAAUUUCGGACAAUCAAUGAAAGCUGUAAUACAGGGAAUCUAGGUUUUAUCGUUUUGAAAGGUUUUUCUUUCUUUUGAAGACAAAAGUGAUAUAGAGCGACUCCGUCUAAGUUGUGGUCAUUCAGUUCUCAGCUAGCAGUCUCAAUGUGUGUGAAUUGGUUUUCUCAUGUUCGCUAAGUGUUGGAUUAAACAUUAUUUCCUGUGGAUAGACUAAGCAGCUGUGUUACUUUGGUUGCCGUUUUGCUAAGCCGUUCUUUCCAUGUGGAUGUGGCAGUCUCCUGGCUUUAGUUGAGCAUGUCUUGCUGUUGGAUGUGACAGUCUCCUGGCUUUAGUUGAGCAUGUCUUGCUAUUGGAUCUCUACAUGGCCGGCACUUCUACAUGGGCAAUUUUAUGAGGAAAAUUUGCGAGGCUGACAGGGUCCUUGCGGAGCAGUCACGUGACUUCCGGGAGCGAGUGCCCAACAAUGAGUACCUGCCGCUGCCAAGACGUCGACCAUCGCUGCUACCACCUGAACACUACCACCAUACAGCUGCAUUGGAGAGAGACAGAGGUGUAAAUGAUGGCUACCAAGCUCGCUAUGCUCAGGACAAUAUGGCCGUCAUCCCUGGAUUGUCUGGAGCCGGUCCCAGCCAGAGCUCCACUGCUCCAUCUCCUUCACACCACUCUGUGGACCUUGGGCCUGGGCCCAUCAAGCGUCCCAGGACAUCUGACCGACCCGACCUGACCCAACCCUUGCAUGUUGAUGUGGAAGUCAAGCGGGAACCAGCAUACACUCCUCAAGUGGAGGCCAUUUCUCCCAUCAUACCUCAAGAGGAGCCACCCAAUAAAGUCUUAAGGGAAGAGCUGCUGGCCAACAUUGACCGGGUAGAUCGAGAUAUGGUCACUGUAGAGCAGCAAAUUUCAAAGUUGAAGAAGAAACAGGACCAACUGUUGCAGAAUAAGAACAACCCACAUGAAGAAAAGGUUCAUGACCAUGAGCUGUCUUAUGAGCCCAAACAUCAAAGUAUUGCACAAAUUAUCUACGCUGAGAAUCGGAAGAAAGCUGAAGCAGCACAUAAAAUAUUUGAACACUUGGGACCAAAGAUUGAACUGCCAUUGUAUCACCAACCAUCAGAUACCCCAGUUUAUCAUGAAAACAUUAAGAAUCACAAGAAGUUCAGGGCCAGGCUUAUUUUGCACUUGAAAAGACGCCAUCAAGCCAGAAGAAUAAGGGAGCGUUACCUGACAGAACGUUAUGAUCAACUGAUGCAGUCUUGGCUUAAAAAAACUGAAAAAACAGAGAACAACUCCAAGAGAAAAGCAAAAGAAUCUAAAAUGAGAGAGUUUUAUGAGAAAAUUUUUCCUGAAAUUAAAAAACUGAGAGAAGAAAAAGAAAGCAAACAAGGAACUAGAAGUGGUCAAGGUGGCUACGUCAGGAGCGAUGCUGAACUGGAGCAGAUCAUGGAUGGCUUGACAGAGCAAGAGGAGGAAGAGAAGAAAAUGCGCAGUCUGUCUGUGAUACCUCCCGUGAUGCUAGAUGCUAGACAGCGCAAGAAAGGAUUUGUCAACAAUAAUGGUUUGUUGGAAGACGCUCUGGAAGUCCACAAAGAGGCUCAAAAUUACAUGGCUCGGUGGACAGAGGCUGAAAGACAAAUCUUUAAAGAGAAAUACCUACAGAACCCCAAAAAUUUUGUAGUGAUUGCAUCUUUUCUUUCACAAAAGAGUGUCCCUGACUGUGUGCAGUUUUACUAUUUGACUAAGAAAAGUGAAAACUAUAAACAGCUGUUGCGAAAACAAAAUAUGAAGCGGAAAAGAAACAUGACAAAAGCUCAGCAACAGGAACAGCUUAGACAGCAGCAGCAACAGGAACAACUGAGGCAACAACAACAGCAGCAACAGCAAGAAGAGUCUAAUAACAGCUCUGGAUUAGUUAAAGUGGAAUUAAAGAAUGAGACUAAUGCAGACCAGGGAGAGGGUCCAUCAGGAGACAUGGUGAAGAAAGAAGUGAAAGAAGAAGAGAAAGAAAAAGGAGGAGAAGCAGACAUUUCUGAAGGGGAGGCUGCACCAAAUGAAUCGGAAGGUGGCAUCCACAGCUGCUAUGUGUGUAAAAUUGAGGUGGCUAAUUUUAGUUUGAGCCGACCCUUGACUGCUGCCAACUGUGACCAGUAUGGCGUGGCUCUGACCGAUAUACAGAUUGACAUGAGGGUCUGCCGCUCCUGUCAUUGUCGCACUGUCCGCAAGCGAUUCACUCAUUGUCCCAUUCCUACCUGCCGCACACCUCGAAAGCGUACCAAACGUCUGAGACCUGUACCUGCCAUCUGGCAUGAGCUUCCUCCUGACCAGAAGAGUACCAUAAUGCAAGAGCUCCAACUGAAAGAGGAUAUUAGCAAAUGUUGCUCGGCCUGUUUCAACCGCAUCACACGUCGUCUAGGCAACACAUCACAGGCCACUGAGACCAGCGUGACUUCAGCCGCUCCAGAAGUGACCACGGGUCCUGCAGAGAGCACCAGUGAAGCCGGUGAUGCAGACAUGUCAGAGAACUCACGAUGGACUGAAGAAGAAAUGGAAAAGGCCAAGAAAGGCCUGAAGAAGCAUGGGAAAGAUUGGACAGCUAUUGCCAACUUUGUUGGAACAAAAACUGAGGCCCAGUGUAAAAACUUCUUCUUCAACUACAAGAAAAAGCUCAACUUGGAAGCCAUAGUCGAGGAGCACAAAGAUUCCAAUGGUAAUGAUCGUCGGACUACCUCAACCUGUGAGAGUAUAACAUCAACUGUUACUGCCAACUCAGAGGAGGAGGUCUCUUUGAGUGACGAUGAGAAUGAUGAGGAUAACGGCGAUGACAGUGACACUGCCAGUGCCCCCAGCCCAAAGAUGGAAGAAGGGGAAGGUGAACAAAGCUCAGUGUCUAGGGCUCAAGAAGGAGACGGCUCUGGGCCACCUGUACCCAUCAGCAGCUUGUCUGAAAACAACAAACAACUUAGCGCCUCCCAAGGAAGUCUGAGAAGCAUUGACAAUGACAGUAGUGCUACAAUGAGUGCAGAUGAAGGUCCUCCAGGACCUAGCUCCCUGAGUAGUGUUGUAGUUGGCAGCUACAGCCAGCAGUCCCUCGACAUAACUCAUAGACACACUCCGCCAUCAUCUGGACUUGGCCAGGGAUCCAGAGGACAUGUACCUUCACCUUUCAAUGUCCCAAGACAAGGCUCUGUUCCCCUGACAUCAUCUGGACUUACAGUGGUCAGAGCUACUCCAGUCUUUGGCUUGGCCCGACCACCUUCUAGUGAAGUCACAGUCAUAAGAGAAGUGCCUGCACCAGGUAUGGAUUAUCAAAGAAUAAUUCCCUCCUAUGGAAAUCACCUGUUGCCAGAACAAAUGCUUGAGACCAGGCUUUCCCCCCGUCCGUCUAGUGCUCAUUCAGAGGGCGGAGGAAGUCGAAUGACCUCUUCUCCACACUCAGUGUCUGGAAAGGGUCAAAGAAAGCAAGCCUGUGUCAGGGACCUGAUCAACUCUGCGAUUGAAAGAAAUUUAUGUGACCCAGCAACAAAUCAGCCAGCGAAAGAUAGACGACUGGUACAGGAAAUGAGUCAUUCUAGAGGACCCACGCCUCAAGAUCUGAGGAAAGAUAAGCGGGAACUUCCUCCCCAGAUGCCGGAGAGAGGAAAUGGAAGUCUAGUGAACUACACCAUACCCAGGCCGUCUGACAGGGAAAUGGAGGUUCAGGACCUUUCACGACGAAGUGAUCCUUUGGAGAAAGGACCGCAUGGGUACAAGGGUGACCCAAGGGACUUUGAGCCGCAUCGUUCUCGAGUAGAUACAUACCAAAGGUCAACGGCUGAGCCUACUCGGCAGAUGGCUGCUCCGCCCCCUGCCCAUUCGCACCAUGCCCAGAGCGUGAGCACACAUCCAGCUGUCCAAGAUCUUGCUAAGCCGAUGCACAAACCAGACAGUAGAAAUAAAUCGCCCUCCAUGUACAACACCGUCAAUAGUGACGCAAGGUCCUUGGUGGAUUCAAGAUCACUUUCGCCAAGUAUCAGAGGAGUUCAAAGUUCAUCACCCUACUCCCAUGGAAUGGAUCCAUCUCGCUACUCCCCAGCUCGCAUUCCUCCCCCACCCCCUCUAAUAACAAGCAGUGCACAAAGAGCCUCACCGAAACAAGUCCGCUCUCCUCCCAAUACUUCCCCCAUACUUGUACGUGGCUCCAUCACUCAUGGAACCCCUGUCACGCACCACCCUGUUGGGGGUACUUCUGCUCACCCUAUGGCGGGAAUCGUUCGCCAGCCAGCCCCGCCACCAGCCCAGCAGGGCUCAAUCACCAAAGGCACCCCAGUGAGAGAAAUGGCUCGUGUGAAUGCAUCUGGCCAAGAGAGCUCUCAAAGAAUAUCCAUAGAUCCUGGAUAUCGCCCCAGCCAUGGACAGUCUAGCAUGUACGAACGAAGCCCAUAUCAGCAGACCCAGCCAGUGUAUGGCAAGCAGAGCCAAUAUCCUCAGAACUCUAGCUACCCUCCCUACCAGGAGCAGACUCAGCCCUAUAACAGUUCUAGAGCCACCAUUAUGAGUGACUACCUUACUGCCCAACAGAUGCCCCGUGGGCAGAAGGAACGGGAAGAAGGCUUAUCCCCCCGAGGUGGGGGCCGGGAUCCAGGCCACCCACAAUCCUCUGCCCAACACCCUACACAUGCUUCAAGUCAGCGUCCGGUCCAACCUCCUGUAGACUCUCGACAUCAGAUGGUAGUCAACCAAGGAAUGAUGUAUGUGAUGGGAAAUCAGGCCUCACAGAGUGACUCCCACGUCAAAGCUCCACCUCACAGCUCCAGAGAAGAUAAGCCUCAGCCCUCACCCUGGUCACAAGGCGGACGAAGUAUGCCUGGUCAACCAAUGGGAGCAUCACUAACCCUGGACCCAAUGGCGCCCCAGAGGCCCAGUAUUGUGACAGGAACUGGUCGGCCUCCUCAUCACCCGGAGCACAAAUCUGAAGUCCAGAGCGCCAUGGCAGACAGCACCAGCAUGUCACAGCAGCGGGGUCAGCAGUCGCCUAGACAACCGGAUUCAAGAAUGCUGAACAUGCCCACAGACCCCAACCAGUCUCGUAGACUGUCCCCGAACUUAAGGGGGCCCUACAAGCCUGAAAUGACUAGACCGUCUCAGUGGGAGCAGAUGAAACAAAGACAGUAUGAAAAUGUAGAGCAGUUCAAUAGACAAGAACAAGAUCGCCGUAUAGCUACUACCAUCAGCCAGUCCCACCAGACUCACCCUGCACAGUCCAUGUAUCCUGUCCAGCGGCCUGACAGUAGAGACCAUUACCCUGGAGGAGAGCUCCGCAGAAGUGACAUGCCGUCCUCAGAUGGGCAGCGCCAGGAUUCCCUUCAGAAUCAGAGGCAGCUCACGGAUGUGAACUAUGUAAAGAGGCAACUAGGUGCAGCUGGAGAGAAUGCUCCCACAAUUUUGCUGUCUGCCUUUCAGAGAGACGAUGUGAGCUCCUCACCACAGCCGCCCAAUAGUCACAGCCACCCUAGCAAGGCCAUGACGGCAGACAAACUCAUUAAUGCUAUAAUCAUCCAUCAAAUUAACCAGACCCCAUCAGAUGAUGGCCAUGGAAAGCCAGCUUCUUCACCUGGACGUCAAAUGGCUGCUGGUACUUCAGAUCCCUCACAAAGUGAAAGCAGAGCCGCAGACCAUUACAUGCGCUAUUCAGCAAGGGGUGCACAAGAUCAAUCAAGAAUGGAUACAUUGGACUCAAGACAUCACAGACCUGAUGCCCGCCAGCAACAGCAGUUUGAGCAGCAGAGGAGAAUGGACCAUGCUUCCCAGCAGCAGCAGCAGAGGGAGAUGGAGCGCCAAGAGGUCAGGCGGCAGCAGAUGGAAGUUGUGGACCAGAGGGGUAGAGGUGGCAGCAUGCUAGAAGGAGUCGACCAGAGGGGAAGAAGCAGCUCUAUGAUGGACCAGCAACAGAGCAGGAGAGACCCAGAGAUGGAGAGGUCAGAGAUGGAGCACAAGCAGCGCAUGCAGCAACAGAUGCCAGAGAUGGUUUACAGGCAGCAGCAACAAGCCUCCAAGCCCAAGUAUAUUUCUCCUUCACAGAGAGAACAGAGUGACCAUCACCCUGAAGUGGACAGCAGAAGCAGGCAGGAGAUGGACAGUAGGUCAAGGGGAAGUGGUGAUGUUGGGCCUGACCCGAGGGGUCGAAGUUCAAGCAAUGACUCUGAGCCCCGCCCACAUACCUCUCCUAUUGCUGGGAGUCAGGUUAGCUCUCCAGGCACAGCGGGUAUGAUACCAAGCAAGACAGGGGGCAGCAUGAUGACCUUGGGUGACCACAUCGAUGCUAUCAUCAGUAAGGACUACGACUCCAACAAGCCUCCAGGAGCUCAGGGUGGCCACACUUCAAGAUCUAUGAAUAACGUCUCUUUUUUAGCCCUGAUUCAGGACUCUAAUAGCGUGGGUGGUUCAACAACUGACUACCGUGAGCCUAUGGAUGCAUCCCAAACGCGAAGGAGUCCUGCCGUUUCUGAGUCUGGUAUGGUUGGAUCAACGUCUGACUCAAGACCCAGGAGCUAUAGCAUCCCCACUACUCAAGGAGGACCCUCCCCCAAUUGGAAGAAAUGGGAUGGUAUAGGAGAAAGACCAACUCAUUCAACUCCUACUCCUGGCCAGACAGAUUCUGUUUCCUCGUCACCUUCUUCCUCUUCAUCCUCCAGCAGUUUAGCCAAGUCCAGUGUGACCAGCUUCACGCCGUCCCACCCUUCCCAGCUGCACGCCUUGCCCCAGGGUGGCUCAGGGGACAGGGUAGGCGGCUCUGACCAGUCACGCUCCCCUCAGCCACAGCAGCACCAUAUGUUCCACACGCGGCGCAGCCCCCAGCAGCAGGGAGGCAUGUCUUCACACCAAACUGUUGCUGAGGCUCCAUUUGCUACAUCAGGUGUGCCUCUGGUAGAGAGCAGUGUCUCCUCACAUGGACUCAAUGAAUCUCCCAGUCAGAGUGUUAUGAUGGUCUCAGCCCUGGAUGUUGUGCAGAGCAAAAUUGAAAUGGCCCUGAGAGAAAACAUGGACACUGCCUCACUCCCAAGGUCGGGUAGAGGGGACAAGCCCACGUCAUCCACCCCCUCUUUGUCUACUUCAAUGGCGUCUCCUUUGUCCUCGUCGUCAAGCAAGAUGCCUGGCCAGAUGGCAACGAGCACUUCACCACAGGAGCAGCCAUCCAGCAGGAGCUCCAACUCUUCUUCCCAAGACAGCCACAGCGUUAGUUCUGCUCAAUCUUCCGAUCAGUCUGAAGAUAGCUCGCCAUAUCACAGAAUGGGUCAAGCUUCUGAAAAUAAUGACCCAGCUUUGUCGCCAUCGUCAUCUAGUGUACCCUCUUAUAGUAGAAAACGAGGCCUUGUGAGACCCCGAGGGCGUCCGGAAGAUAUGCCCUCACCAGCGACACCUUCAUCCACUAUCCCUUCUCAGUCUGGUAACAAGUCUGCCCAGCCCAGCCCUCACCCCAGUAGCUCUUCCUCAAGAGAUCGUCCUUCUCCCAGCUCUGGUCCCCCAGAGAGUACCUCCAGAGGUUCACACAAGCCUGGCAGCGGAGAUAAAACUGGCCGCCUGUCUGCCUAUGACUUCCCAGAUGAUACAGAUGAUGAGCCUGUGGGCAAGACACCAAGCAGCUACAUGGCCUUAGCCACAUCAGGUCGUGGAGCACGCAAAUGCCAGGUGGAUAGCUCUGAUGGUAAAGGCUCAUGGCAAGGCCCUGAUACUCAGGGUUCUUUGGAGGAAGGGAAAACAGGAGAUAAAAGUGAAGCUCAAGCUUAUGACACCUUGUCUCAGUCGGAAGGAGCGACAAAGCCAAGAUCAAGGUUUGGCAGUCGUGUCAGUAGUGUUGAAGCCGAACCUGGCUCCGGGCUGCACUCAUCAGUAGACAGCACAAGGCCAGACAAAUCUGGAGAAGAUGGUGAAGGUGUGGACAGUUCCACUUCUUCUGAUCGCUCUAAGCCACCAAAGCAGAGAGCAAGGGUCAGUGGACUGGACAGCACAACUCAGUCAAGUGACUCUAUGCCCGGGUCUGAAGUGACCCAAGGAUCAGGUGAUGGGGAAGACGCACACCUGUACCCCCAGCAGUGGAGGUGUCCCCGCCCAGGCCCAGACUCUGGAAUGGCGGAUGAAGCAGCAACCCGCUCCAUCUCUAGCUCAGAUCAUGCUGAUAGUCACAGUGGCCCCACUACCUCAUUGUCUGGCCCCUCCAUCCCUUAUUCAUCUGGCAGUCAGCCAGUGGUGUCCAGCAUGAUCCGAGACCCAGAUCAGACCACUAUGUGUUCUCGUGACCAGGAGCCCGCCCCCCUCCUCUCUUCAAAGUAUGAAACUCUGUCAGACGACGAUGAAAUGUAAAAUACUUUUUUUUUCUUGUGUUCAAUCUAUUUGGCUUGUGCUCAUACCUUAAUGCCACAUCACAACAUUUUACCAUGUCAAAGACUUGAAAUGAUGAAUCAAAUUUUGUGCUUGUGUUUGUUUUUAGUUUACCUAUCAAUAUAAUGUCAUUUUCUAUCAUAAUAAUUAUUCAUUUAUAGAGAGCAAUGUCAAGGAAGUAAGAAAUAAUGUAUUGCAGUUCUUAAGUUUAAAGAGCUUUAGUUACAUAAACUUGAGAUUCAACCAUCAGAAAAUCUCAUCAACUUCAGGGCUUAACUCUUUCUCUCCGUAAUUAUUUACCACAUUCUGGUGGAAUCAACACUGGUAUCGUCAGUUAGGAGAAAAAGAGUUAAAGCUCAUUUUCUUGUUUAUAGUGCUUUGACUUCUCUCUGAAAUACUUUGUUUUGUUCUUGAGUGUUUGAUGACUUGAUCAUACCAUCUUGAGUAGAAUAUAGCAUUUUGAUUUCCUAAUCCUGUCUGAAUCUGGAAGCACUUCAAAGACACUAACAACACAUAUUGACGCAGCCUGUCAACGUGUUCCAAAAUUGUCUUUACUUCUUUGUAAAAUUUAUUUUAAAUUUUUGUUUUAAAAUUUGCUGUUGAUUUGUGUGUGUGUGUGUGUGUGUGUUAUUUGAUUGUCUCUGAGAAAUAAAAUGUUAACAAAAAAAUUAUUUUAAAUCAUUUUGUGUUUUAGAGUCCAUUUUGUCCAUCCUUCCGUUGGACUGCCACUCUACUUCUCUGUCGUAUCUUUUUGUUUAAAAUGUCUUGCAUCGUAGCUUGAUCCUUUGAUGUUGUCGUUUAGUCAUGAAUCUUGUUAUUACUCAUGUUUAGCUAUUGAAACAUGAAUGAAAAACAUGUUUUAUAGUGUGGGGGAUAUUCGUAAAGACAAUCUGGGUUCAGCUUUGGAAAAAAACAAAAAAAAAAGGAGGGGGGGGGGACUGUUAAACAUUUUAGUCAAUUUGUUUAUGUUGUUUUAAGAUUAAUCAGACAUCAUCUCUUUAUGUUGUUUUAAGGUUAGUUCUACAUCAUCUAAAUCAGUUCCAAGUUGUACAUUUCAAGUUUUGUUUUCAUUUUAGUUAACUAGAGUGGUUGCACUUGGUCUUCUGUUGUUUGUAAAAAAAAAAAAAAAAUAAAUAAAUAAAGUAAUGUUCUUUACAUUA